AGCUAUCUGGAGCGGCGGUAACGAGCGGCUGCACUGAGUCGAGAGACCCUGAGUGAGGUUUCUCAGCGAGGCCCGUCAUGGCUUUCCAACCGAGUUCCGUUGGCAAAAAGAAGGAUGAGAAAGGAAAGAACAUCCAGGUGGUGGUGAGAUGCAGGCCAUUUAAUUUGUCAGAGCGAAAAGCAAGUGCUCAUUCUGUGGUGGAUUGUGAUUCUUUUAGAAGAGAAAUCAGUGUCCGUACUGGAGGAAUGACUGACAAGACUACAAGAAAAACCUAUACUUUUGAUAUGGUUUUUGGAGCAUCCACAAAACAAAUUGAUGUUUACCGAAGUGUUGUAUGUCCAAUUUUAGAUGAAGUUAUUAUGGGAUACAACUGCACUGUUUUUGCAUAUGGUCAAACUGGCACUGGAAAGACUUUUACAAUGGAAGGAGAAAGGUCACCCAAUGAAGAAUAUACCUGGGAAGAGGAUCCGUUAGCUGGCAUAAUUCCACGUACACUCCAUCAGAUAUUUGAGAAACUUACUGAAAAUGGGACAGAAUUCUCAGUAAAAGUGUCAUUGCUAGAAAUCUAUAAUGAAGAACUCUUUGAUCUACUUAAUCCAUCUACUGAUGCUUCGGAGAGACUACAGAUGUUUGAUGAUCCCCGUAAUAAGAGAGGAGUAAUCAUCAAGGGUUUAGAAGAAGUUACAGUGCAUAAUAAGGAUGAAGUCUAUCAAAUUUUGGAAAGGGGAGCAGCGAAAAGAACAACAGCAGCAACUUUAAUGAAUGCAUAUUCCAGCCGAUCCCACUCUGUAUUUUCUGUUACAAUACAUAUGAAAGAAACUACAGUUGAUGGAGAAGAACUUGUUAAAAUUGGAAAGUUGAAUUUAGUUGAUCUUGCAGGAAGUGAAAAUAUUGGUCGUUCUGGGGCAGUUGACAGAAGAGCUCGGGAAGCUGGAAAUAUUAAUCAAUCUCUUUUAACCCUUGGAAGGGUUAUUACUGCCCUUGUUGAAAGAGCACCACACAUUCCUUAUAGAGAAUCCAAACUAACUAGGAUCCUACAAGAUUCUCUUGGGGGUCGUACAAAAACAUCUAUAAUUGCUACGAUUUCCCCCGCGUCAGUCAAUCUAGAGGAAACUUUGAGUACUUUGGAAUAUGCUCAUAGAGCAAAGAAUAUAAUGAAUAAGCCUGAAGUUAACCAGAAGCUCACCAAAAGGGCUCUUAUUAAGGAGUAUACAGAAGAAAUAGAGAGGUUGAAACGAGAUCUAGCUGCGGCCCGAGAGAAAAAUGGAGUCUACAUUUCUGAUGAAAACUAUAAGGCUCUGAAUGGCAAAAUAAUUUUUCAAGAGGAGCAGAUUGCAGAAUAUGUUGAAAAAAUUAAUAUUUUGGAAGAAGAGCUUAAUAGGGUCACAGAUUUAUUUGUAGAUAACAAAAAUGAACUUGAACAAUGUAAAUCUGACCUCCAAUAUAAGGAGAAAGAACUUGAAGAUACUCAAAAAAAUUUACAAGAAACCAAAUUACAACUUGUUGAAGAAGAAUAUGUCACAUCUGUUUUGGAAAUCACUGAAGAGAAGCUUCAUGAUGCCGCCAGCCAGUUACUUAGUACUGUUGAAGAGACGACAAAAGAUGUGUUUGGUCUACAUUCAAAACUGGAUCGUAAACAAGCAGUUGACAAGCAUAAUGCUGAAGCCCAGGAAAUAUUUGGCAAAGACCUGAAUAGUUUAUUUAAUAAAAUGGAAUUUUUGAUCAAGGAUGGCACCAAAAAACAAAAAGCCAUGUUAGACUCAUACAGUACUUUAUUUGGUCACCUAUUAUCCACCAGUUCCUCUGCACUAGAUAGUGUUACAACAACUGCACUGGGAUCUCUCACCUCAAUUUUAGAAAAUGUAUCUACCAAUGUUUCUCAAAUUUCGAAUGUGAUACUAAAAGAAGAGUCUAUAACAACUGAAAGUAAAACUGUUCUUCAGAAAUUGUUGGCAAAGCAUAAAACUCAGCUUGAUAAAUCACUGGACACGAUUCUUUCCCCUGUGGUAGUCUCUCUAUUGGAACUCAGCUGUCAAAUGAAUUGUAAAUUCAAGAUUCUUCUGUCAGUAGCUGAUAAGAUAGAAGAUCAAAAAAAGGAAAUGGAUGAUUUUCUCAACACACUGUGUAAAAGUCUACAUAAACUCCAGGAAAAUACUGACAUGUCCUUGGCUGAAUCUCAGAAGCAAUGUGAAACCCUGACAAAUGAACUGAAGAUAUUGAAGCAAGCCCAAGCUCAGGAACUUUGCCAGUUAAUGAAUCUUUGGGCACAAAAAUUUUCUGUCUUGGAAGAAACAUGUGGAAACAUCAAGAAUCCACUCAGAAAUAUUCAAGAAAAUACACAACAGCAUUCCAAGGAUAUCAUAAACAGUACAACUUCUCACAAUAAAAAAUUUCUUGCUAUUUCUGAUGAUUUAUCACAAGAACUCAGACAUUUUAACUCUCAAAGUGCUGGGUUGGUUGAAGAAUCUGUCAAACAUUGUAAGAAGCUCAAUUGCAGCAUUCAGACAGUGUCACAAGAGACCCAACAAUGGUAUAAGGAUAUGAAUACAAGUACUGUCCAUUUCUCAGAUCAAUGGAUAUCUGGCUUACUCAAAAGGAAAGAAGAACUUGAUAACUUAUUAAAGGUUGUAAAGCAAGGUUGUGUUAUAUCCAAAUCAGAGAUCAUGGAAAAAGUCAAUGGACAAAAGGAAGUACAAGAGAGCCAUCUGAUCUCCUUUCAUGAUGAAAUAACUAAUGACAAAGAAAGGCUGGUGGAACAGAGUGAAGAACUUCAUGAUAUCAUGAAAUAUGGCUGGAAUAAACUCAAUUGCUUUUUGCAACAGGACCUGAAACUGGAUAUUCCAACAGGUUCAACUCCACAGAGGAAAACCUACUCGUACCCAUCUACAUUGCUGAGAACUGAACCUCGGGAGCAACUCCUCAGCCAGCUGAGAGAGAGACAGCCUAAGCUCUUAACAACAGUGAUUGUUAAAGCAGAAGACCCGAGUCAGGACUUAGAGGAAGAGAAACCUGCUCAGGAGCUCACUAAUGAAAACAUAAUAAAUGAAGAACCAACAGAAGACACAAGUGUGUGUGAUCCUAUAAAUGGUGGUGUUCCUUUUUUUCAGCAUAAAAAGUCAUCCAGAAAAGAUAAAGAAAACAGAGUCAUAAACAUUGUGGAGAAAUCAAAAGUAGAAGAAGUUUUGGAACAUUCUGCUGUUAAGUCUAAACUACCUUUAAAAAUCCAGAUAAAUAAUUAGCUUUUUAAAAAAUCUGUUUAUAACUCCUGACUUUGGUUGUUAUUUUGGAAUUUGACAAGUAUAACUUGAGAUUUUUUUGUUGUUGUUCUUGAUUUAGUUGGUAGGUUUAAUCAUUUUUAAUAAUAUUGUCAAGUAUUUCAUUUGGUGCUUACUAAUUUGAAUUUCAAAUUAGUGAUUUGGGAUUUGUGUUAAAUAAAGUUAUAUUUCCACCUUUUGUUUGAGACAGCCCAACAAAUGAAAAAGUUAAAAUAGUUAUUUUCUUAGUCUGUAUUAUAUUUUUGUACAUCCAAACAAAUAUGAGACUUCAUUUUUCUUCUAGGCUUGAACUUAUAAUGAAAAAUAUCACCAGCAAAUUGUUCCUAGAAUUAGGAUAUGCCCCCUGGGGGGGCACUCUUCUUAUAUUUUUCUAGUAUAUAAAUAUUGCCUAUUUUACUUUCUGCCUUUUCCUCCUCCUUCAUACUGCAUAUUCAUUUAGUAGUAUAAUAAAAAGCAUUUAUAGUUCCUAUUAUCUAUUUAGGUUAAUAGAUAAUACUCUUUCUAAGUGUGAAAUACUUUGACACACAAAACACUUUAUACUGAGUGUGUCUAAGGUAAUUAUAGGAAAAAAAGGAGAAAAUGAUUCAGUCAGAGAAAGCUGUUGGAUAUCAAAGUGUACCCAUUGCAGGAGGUCUGUGGGAGGUGAUUGAAUUAAGAAGCAUUUCUUUUAUGUAAUUAUACAUUUGUUUUUAUGUGUUUCCUGAAAAAAAGAGGCACUGUAGUGCAGUGGAUAUUUGUCUCUAAGACCUGGGUUCAAGUGAUGUCUCUGACAUAUACUGACUGUAUUAUUUGGAAGAGUCACUUAAUUUCCCAGUGAAACUCUAAGGUAGUUAGUUUUAGAGGUGAUGUCUUGUAAUUGAAGGGAGUAUUCUAUAAACAGGAACCAAAUUAUUGCUCCAGUACCAGAGCACUUGCUUUAUUUUCCUCUGAGAGAUAGAGCACAAUAUGGGAAAGAAAAUAGAUAGGAAUAAGCAGGAGAUGUUGGAGCUAGGAAAAAGAAAGAUACAUUUCUAUUUUUCUGUUUUCUAGAGCUAUUCCUUUGUUUCUCCCAGUUUGGAAUACAUAGUAUAUCUAUGAAGUCUUAAUGCUUGUGUAUAUACUUUUUGUGUGCAUGUUUGCAUCUGUAUAGACAGAUAAUAAUCAUGUACAUACAUAAAUUUGAAAAUUCCAGUGGGGAAAUUUCCAUAGGGAAUGAAUCUAGUUCAUAAAUCACAGUUUUCUUUGCCCUCUCAUAUUUUGUUAACCAAUUUUUCAAUUGAUUAUUAAAUGCCACGGAUUUCAAAAUUUUAAGGCCUCUUCUGUAGUGAAAUGUUUAUUCAAGUUAAAAUUUAAUAAAAAGCAUCUGAUAACUGGCAUUUAUCCAUAGGAAAACUAUCAUCAAAUAUUUGUCCCAUCAAAGAAAAAAGACUGACCCGGAAUUGAAGAGUCUCGUCAGAAAAUAUGCUUUUUUCUUAUCCUGAUACUAAAAUGGUGUUAUGAAAAUAGUUUUUUUUUUUUAAAGUAUCUUUAUGUUGGAGAUUCUUCAUUGCUGAUGGUGGGUUUGUGCUGAUCUAUCCAUGUCCUUGUUCCUUUGAAUUGCCUUUCUCGUCCCAUAAUCAAGCAUAACCUUUUGUGAGACAGCUGACUGAACUCAAAGGUGCUAAUUAAGACUAUAAUUUUUCUAUAUUCAGUUUAAAAAUUUACUAAGUGCCUACUAUAUGCAGAGAAUUGUGCUAGAUACUAGCCAGAAUACACUGUUCAUUUCAGACAUGUCUCUACCCUUUAAUGGUGGUGGUAAUGAAUGAGCCAUAAAACAACCAUAAUAUUUGAUAAAAGCAUUAGAAAGUGGUUUAAAAUGGUUUAAAAGAAGGGUAGGAAUUCAUUGGGCAACUGAGUGAAGAAUGCAUUGAAAAAUGGAAUGAAGCCAGAUGAUGGAGGAUCUUAAAUAAUAAAAUAGGUUUAGGAGUUUGAACUUUAUUCAGUAUGAUAAUCAAGCAAAGAACUAUGAGAUACUAAUGUAUUUAGAGACCAAGUCUUCUUCACAAAGUAUCAUGUUCCAACCCACAAGCAUGGAUCCAAUCUAUUUUUCUUUCUUUCUUUCUUUCUUUCUUUUCUCAAUUGAUUAUUAAAUGCCACAGAUUUCAAAAUUUUUAAGGCCUCUUCUGUAGUGAAAUGUUUACUCAAGUUAAAAUUUAAUAAAAAGCAUCUGAUAACUGGCAUUUAUCCAUAUCUACAAUUUACUAUCUGGCUGCCCCCCAGACGAUAGCGUAAUAGUGCCUGGAUCUAUGUGGAGUCUGAAGAGGCACACUAAAUAGAGUAGAAUAGUGAUAGUUAUAAAGCAUUCUAAGAUUAGGUAUCCUGUUUAAUCUUUAAAUUCAUAACUCUGGCUGUGUGUUGAGGAUUCCUAAUUUUACUUUUAUGUAUCACCUCUCCACCUUCAUGGACAGCCUUUGUGAGUGAUCCCUGAAUAACUAGUGGUCAGCCUUCUCAGGUCAGAGAUCCAACCUCUGUAUCCAGCUCAUGAUCUGUCCAGUUAGAUAGGCCUGCCAGAGUUUUGUUUUCCACUGGCAUAGUGUAUAAGAACUCAAGUCGUUUUCAUGCAAUAGGGCGAAACUGAAAAAGGAUUUUAUUGAAAGGUAUCAAUAAAUGCUUGUUAAAUGAAUCACUACCUUCGAGAAGCAGAGAUAAAAUACCUCUACAUAGAAACAAAACUUAGAAAAUCAAACUUUUAAGUAAAUGCCAAUGAGUGACAAGGGCAAUCAAUGUUAUAGGAAUUAGGAGUUAAGGAAAGAUUUUUUGAAUGAGGUAGGAUUUGAACAUUGGCACAUAGUGAUUGUAAAUAGCUCUGGCACAUCAACAUGAUGGACAAAAAUCAGAAAUGAUUUUUUUUUCCUAGUAAAGAUACAUAGGUAGUAACAGAAAUGAAAUGACACAAGAGCACUCCUCCUCCUCUUCCCCUCUGCGCCCCUCCCACCCCUCCUUUUUUAAAAGCCAGAAGAUUUGCAGGUCAGCAGGACAUUGUAAAAUGUGGAAGGAAUUGUAGGACAUUACCUAUAAUGAAAAGAUAAGGCAUUUGACAUCAGAAAUAAAGAAUGGACAAUUUUAAAAUUUCAGUUUUCUCACAUAGCCAUCUAAUGAAUACAUUUUCAUUUACUUCAUUUUAAGAACUUUAAUUUAGAUCAGAACUUUACAACAUUAGCAGGCCAUAUGGAAUCUGCAAGCCAGACUUUGAAAACCCUUCUUAGUGUACUACUACAUUGGAAGGCUUAGAACAUUGAGAAUGGCUAAAUGAACCUUCAAGGUUAAGUGGGACAAUUGGGCUGCCGUGUAAAUUUUAGGCAUGGCUUUAUUCUAGCAUAGGAUCAGCAUAGGAUGGGGCACUAUGAUCCACAGUGACAGUCUUUUCUCCUCCAAAUCCUAUGAUUAGAUUAAUACAGUAAUUUAUAUUCUUUUUCUCAAAUUUAUAAAAUGAUUUCUCCUUAUGCGUUAAAAUCUUUUUUUUAAACUAAGAUCUUCAUCCUUUCAUCUUGUUCUCUUUUUUGGUCCUACUAUAAAUUUAAUUUUCUAAUGUCUAGUAUCUAAAAAUUGAGAUUGCUCAACAACUGAUCAAGAUGGAGAUAGCAGGUAGUUCAAAAUAGGUUCAUAGUUCAAAGAUUUCAAUACAGUUGACCAUGAUGGUCAGUAGUCUAUUUGUAAAUAUUCACUAUUCAUGUAACCUAUAAAAUAUAUGCAAUAGUAAAAUUAAUUUAAUUAAAACUUCACAAGUUCAGAGGAAAUCAUCUUUAUCUUAUUUAUUUGAAUUGUUAAUAAAGUUUCCUCUGAAAUGAAAAUCAAUUGUCAAUAUAAGCUAUGGACAAACUCUUCAUAGAACUACUCUUAGUAAAUUGAUGAUUAAUAAGAUUAGUUUCAACAUUAACUUAUAUUCUUUAUGAUACUUCCUUUCUAACACUGAGUAUGUUUUUAGGGUUAAAUAAGCAAUUACAUUUUCUAAAAUAAACUUAUAAGGCAAAUGGGAAAAAGAUUGGCAUCCUAUAAUAUUGCAAAGCUAUUAGGAUAGUCCCCCUCUUUCCCUCCUCCUUCCCUCCCUCCCAAAAAAAUUUUGACAUAUUUUCUUUCAAUUGAGGCACUAACAUGAAAUAGGAUCUUUUAUUUUCUCUAUUUGGUACAGAGCACAAUGAUGAUUUUUCACUUUUUAUACCUUCUGGUUCAUAGAAUAUAUGUGAAAGAACAAAUAUUCCUGAAAGGAAUAUUAGCAAAGAUACUUAUUAUUCUAAAAAAAUAAUUAUUCUCUGAGUGAUAAAGUUGCAGACUUAUGACUGAGCAAAGUUUUUCAUUGUCAAACUACAAGUGAACUGCUAAAAAUUCUAAAUAUAGAAAUGGGCAAUUGAAUUAUGUGUAAGACAAUGAUUGGAACAAAUUUUCCUUAACUUCUGAAUUGACUUUUUUCUUUUUUUAAAUUUUUAUUUUAAUAGCCUUUUAUUUACAGGUUAUAUGUAUGGGUAACUUUACAGCAUUGACAAUUGCCAAACCUCUUGUUCCAAUUUUUCCCCUCCUUCCUCCCACCCCUUUCCCCAGAUGGCAGGAUGACCAGUAGAUGUUAAAUAUAUUAAAAUAUAAAUUAGAUACACAAAUAAGUAUACGUGACCAAACCAUUAUUUUGCUGUAUAAAAAGAAUCGGACUCUGAAAUAUUGUACAAUUAGCCUGUGAAAGAAAUAAAAAAUGCAGGUGGGCAAAAAUAUUGAGAUUGGGAAUUCAAUGUAAUGAAUGGUUCUUAGUCAUCUCCCAGAGUUCUUUCGCUGGGCAUAGCUGGUUCAGUUCAUUACUGCUCUAUUGGAACUGAUUUGGUUCAUCUCAUUGCUGAGGAUGGCCAGGUCCAUCAGAAUUGGUAUUGUUGUUGAAGUAUAUAAUGAUCUCCUGGCCCUGCUUGUUUCACUUAGCAUCAGUUCAUCUAAGUCUCUCCAGGCCUUUCUGAAAUCAUGUUGUUGGUCAUUUCUUACCAAACAAUAAUAUUCCAUAAUAUUCAUAUACCACGUGAAUUGAUUUUUUUUUGUUCUGCUUAAAGUCUUCCCUAAAAUAUUUAGUAACUUGAUAGACAAAUAAUGAACAUGUUUCCAAGAACAAUUUCCUGCCCUGAUUCUCAAUUUUUUUGCUUUUUCCUCAAAUCAUUAAGCCCAUCUCAAAAAGACACUUUCUUCCACAUAUCAAGGAAAAGACCAGGUUUUAACUUAUCUGAAACUAUUAAAACUUUCUCUUGAAAGAAAGUAAAUCCUGCAAUGCUGCCUUAGUUUAUAUAUAAACUGUUUCAUUAUAAUAACUGAAGUUUAACAGCUAUGUUAGUAUGUAAUAUAUUCCACUUGAGAUUUUCCAGUCUUAGAAGAAGUUGAUUUAACUUAAAGUAUGGGUUACUAUGCAUGUUGGUUUAAUAGUUGAAAGUAAAUGUUAUAAAAGCAGCAAAAUCGGCCUACUUCUUAGCUUAGUUGUCAAUAGAAAGAGUAAAAUUAUAAACAGAAUUACUUUUUCCUGAGCCUAUUCCCUUUGGGUGAAGAAAUGCAUUUAAAUAGCUUAAUAUAUUGAAUAACUCUAAACACUUUAAAUUCAGAGGACUUGGGGGAAGGGGGAAGGGAACAUCUGGAGUUCUUUACCAGUUAUGCUGUAUUUUGUCUUCAGUUGUGUUUUUUUUUUUUUUCUCAGCAAAAAAAGUGAUAAAAAUUGAAUUUGUUUGCAAGGUACUAACCAAUUAAUCAUUUUGCAUAUGCCUAAUUAUAUUAUGCUUGUAUAUCAUGUUAUCAUAAAUUUAGACUGAAUAAAAUAAAUUUAAAAUUUGAUCAAAA